AUCUGACGGACAUAACGGUAGGCCACCCUACGCAUAGCUGGAAACUGGAAAACCAUUCGCUGGGUCUGUUCGCCACACACAGACACCCGUUCCGAAACGUUACCGUUACAAAGGCCUACUAUCACGAGUGGUGACUACUUUUUCCGUCGACGUUGAUGUCGCUUCUUCCUCGGUAGAGAGUCGUUAUUUUUCUUAUAUUGAAUCGAGAGCUUAUCGGAAGACAAGAUGGCAGAGAUGGGGAUGGGGAAGGGGGUUACUGCGGGGAAACUUGCCAGUAACGUGCAGAAAAAAUUAACACGGGCCCAAGAGAAGGUAAUGCAGAAGUUGGGUAAAGCAGAUGAGACCAGAGAUGUUGCAUUUGAGGAAGGAGUGAUCAACUUCAACAAACAAUAUACAGAGGGAUCCAAACUGCAAAAAGACCUUAGAGCUUACCUGGCUGCAGUACAAACGAUGCACGAAUCCUCCAAGAACCUUCAGGAGUGUCUGUCUGACAUGUACGAGCCGGAGUGGUACGGCAAAGAUGACUUGGACUCCAUCGUUGAGGACACUGAUGUUCUGUGGACCGACUUCCAUCAGAAGCUGGUGGAUAAUGCUUUGAUAUCUAUGGACACGUAUCUUGGACAGUUCCCUGAUAUUAAGUCUCGUAUUGCAAAGCGUGACAGGAAGCUUGUGGACUACGACAGCGCCAGACACAACCACUCUUCUACCAAUAAGGGGAAGAAAGGAAAGGACGGGGGUAUCAAGAUCACCAAGCCAGCAUCUCUGUUGGAAAGGGCCACACCGGUUUGGGCUCAGGGCAUCCUGUCAGCCCACAACAUUGCUCAGAGUAACCUCUCCAGGAACCAGGCGGAGGACGAGUUGGAGAGAGCUCAGAAGGUGUUCGAGGAGAUUAAUGAAGAUCUGCAGGAGGAACUGCCCUCACUAUGGAACAGUCGAGUUGGCUUCUACAUUAGCACCUUCCAGAGUAUGUCUGGCUUUGAGGAGAAGUUCCACAAGGAGAUGGGGAAGCUCGACCAGAAUCUCUACGAUAUUCUUGUCAAACUGGAGAAACAGGACAUGUCUGGUGAGCUCCCCAGAGGAGCAGAUCCAGCCAAUCACACAAUGAGUCCAGGCGGACCGCCACCCAUCCCUAAGUCCCCCUCUAAGCUGAGACCAGCGAUGCCGCCGCGGCCUGAAUCCAGCCCCUGUCGGGACAUGAAACCAGAAAACAUCAUUAACCUGUUUGAUGCUGCUGCUGCUCCUAACAUCAGUGUUACGUCCCCAACACAGUUUGACAGCCCUGCAGGGUCCAACCUGUUGGACAUGGACCUGUCCAUCCUGGCUGCACCAAGUCAUGGUGGCACGGCCGUGUCCUCAGCCUCUCAGGCGGUAUCAUGGGACACAUGGGAGCCUGAGGAAACUCCUGCUCCACCAGAGGAGCCCCAGGGCUGGGACGAUGACGGUACCCUGCCGGUGCGUGCUGCCGGCUGGGGGGAUGACGGUACCCUGCCGGUGCGUGCUGCUGGCUGGGAUGAUGACGGUACCCUGCCAGUGCGUGCUGCUGGCUGUGGGGAUGACGGUACCCUGCCGGUGCGUGCUGCUGGCUGUGGGGAUGACGGUACCCUGCCGGUGCAUGCUGCCGGCUGGGAUGAUGACGGCACCCUGCCGGUGCGUGCUGCUGGCUGUGGGGAUGACGGUAUAGCUGCCACCACAGCAGGCUGGGAUGACGAUGGCUCUCUGCCUGUGAGGGUGGAUGACUCCUGGGGGGAUGAUGGUGUUGCUGAUGCCACUGCUUCCGCUGCCGUGGCCGAGUCUGAGGCUGCUGGCUGGGAUGAUGAUGAGGAGGGGGUUCCCCAGGCUGACACACUUACGACUCCUGCAGCCCCUACACCUGCAGCCCCUACAGCUGCAGCCCCUACACCUGCAGCCGCAGCACCAGAAGAGACCCCUGUUGUGGCAGCAGCAGCAGCAGCAGCAGCAACCAACGGGGAUUCAGAGACGGUAGAAAUGCCUCCAGGAUUCCUCUUCAAAGUGACCACCAUGCAUGACUAUGCCGCUAAUGACUCGGAUGAGCUGGAGAUGAAGGCUGGAGACAUCGUGCUGGUUGUGGCCUUCGACAACCCAGAAGAACAGGACGAGGGCUGGCUGAUGGGGAUGAAGCAGGAAGACUGGAUCCAGAAUAAACAGAGCUCGCUCAAAGGGGUGUUCCCCGAGAACUUCACCUCCAGGCUGUGAGAGAGGAGACGCCAUAUUUAUUCUCCUCUGACUUCUCUCUCGUCCACAAGAUCCUUAAUUAUCUCCUCUCCUCUCCUCUCCUCUCCUCUCCU